GUGCACUGCUACGACUCACUGGGCCGCUUUGUGUGCCUCAGAAACGGCCUCGUGGAGCGGAUCGGGGUCGUUCGAUCCCUGCUUCCCUCGCAGUUUGGGAACUGGUGGGAGUUGGAGAUCUCCUUCCUGGCCCGCCAGGACACUCCGAGCCAGCUGGUGCUCUUGCUGCCUCUCAGCGGCGAGGGCCCGGCUGCCGGGUCUUGGGAGCCCUGGGCAGGUGUGCAGAAAGAGCCUGCCAGCAUCGUUCGUGGUGCCAUGGUUGGCCCCAGCGAUGGCGUCAGGGACCGGCCAAGAAGGUUCCCGCACCCGGGACACGGGCAUGAGUGGAG